AUGUAUACCACCUACGACGUGUUCUUGAGCUUCGGUGGCGGAGACACUGCCAGCGGCUUCGCCGAUUUCCUCUACAACAGCCUGUUAGCUGAUGGCAUCCACGUGUUCAAGGGCGACGACGCACUUCCGAUCGACGAGCAGAUUAGCCCGGGGCUUCUCAGGGACAUCAAGAUCGCGAUCCCCAUCAUCUCCGAACAGUAUGCGCAGAGCAAAUGGUGCCUCUGCGAGCUCACCAAGAUUAUGGAUUGCCACAGAAAGCAGGGGAAGUCGGUCUUCCCUGUAUUCUAUAAGGUGGAGGUCCUUGAUAUAGGACGCCGGCGGGGUAACUUCGAACAGGCACUAUUUGAACACGAGAGGGAGUGCAGCACAGAAGAAGUGCGAGAAUGGAUGGAAGCGCUGAUGUCUGUAACGAAGAUUAGAGGAUGGAUAUCACCGGCCAUGGCUAAGGGGCAUGAAGGAAAGCUGGUGAAAAAGGUGGUCGCAAAGGUUUCGAGUGAAUUGAACAGGAUGUCGAUCCCUAUGUUCAUAAGAUCAGUGUAUCUUUACUUUUCGAAAAAGAAAAGAAGAGAAAGUAAAUGCCAAGUCUUCUUGGCCUUUCGUGGCCCUGAUACUCGAUACAACCUUGCUGCUUACCUCUACACGAGCCUUGUGGCUGCAGGAGUCAGAGUGUUUAACGAUGAUGAUCCAUGCCUCAUAGGUAAAGAUGUUACUCACGAGAUUUCCAAUGCCAUCGACCAAUGCAAGAUAUCCAUUCCGAUUCUCUCUAAAAAUUAUGCCUCCUCUCCUUGGUGCCUCGAGGACCUAGCUCAGAUGGUUGAAUGCAACAGAACAAAGGGGCAAAAGAUAUUGCCCAUUUUCUAUAAAGUGAAGGCCUCGCACGUGCAAGACUUAUCGCAUUUGUUUGGAGAGUACAUGCUUCGGCAUAAGGAGCUGGUCGACAAAAGUACUUAUGAGCGGUGGGAGCGAGCUCUCAGGGAGGUUGGGUCCUCGAAAGGAUGGGAAUCGGACAAAAUCGACAAUGGGCAUGAAGGAGUACUUGUGAAGCAGGUGGUCGAGAAGGUUUCGGGCUUGUUGAAGAGUCCCCAAACACUUGAUCCACCGUCCCCUUCCAUUGAAUGA